GUCUAGGCUGUUCACAUGGACCUAAGACAGGAAACCAUGGUGACGACUUUGCUUAUGAUGGUGCAAAUGUAUGCAAUUACGAUGGCAGCAUUAAUCUCAUGGUACAUAAUUCCCACUUCACAACGUACCAGGACAACUGAGAAGAAACAAGAGGAAGGAUUCUUUCUUUAGUGUGCUACACCGAAAUAAAGUUGCUGAAAUAUCCCAGCGGUAGUUAUAUGGUGUGUAAUUUUGUUCUUUUGGGUUACUGAACUGUUCAUUCAACACACUGCAGCACACGUGGAGGUCUGGAGGAUAUUCAAACUAGUUCCACUGACAAGAAGUGAACACUUGCAAGGACAAGAGGAAGUGCGCCGUUUCCUGGGUUCGUUUCCUGCAUGUGAAGAACACUUCUUAGGGUGUUUCCUUUCGCUCGUCGCUGAUAUGGAGGACCAUGCACUGUAUUCUGCACCACCCACACCAUUACCAGCGGAUUCCUCUCCCUCACCAUCACCGGUAUCAGUCAGGCCUAUGUCUAACACGGAAUCCACGUAUAAAUUGUCAGAGGCUGACCUGCCAACCUUUGUGAAGUUAAGAGCAUCUAACAGGGCCCUUUUCACUGGGCGAAGAAAUUCCUCAAAACUCGCUUGGAGGACCAUUUUAAAAGAGAUGGGUCUUCAGGGAAAGAUGUCAGCCUGGCAAGCAAUGAAGAAAUGGGACAACCUGAAAAACCGAUACAAGGAACUGAAGAAUCCACCACCCGGGGUCACAGUGCCACCUGAAUCAUGGCGCUGGUUCAAGCUGAUGGACGAUGCCAUGGAGGGGAGGCUAGAGGGCAGCGCAAAGGUGUUAUCCAUCACGUCUGUCUUGACCAGCAACGACGACGAGUUCCUCCCCAGCAAGCGCCCCAGCAGCAAGCGACACAGGGGAGUCGAGGGAGAUGAGGAGGCAACUGGCAGCCAACCUGAGCUCCUGUUAAACGCCUACGACUUGUGGGGCAGUGGCGUCACGGGAGAUGUGGUGCAGGAGAUGGAGAGCGACAGGCGGGAUAUCGAGCAGGAGAGGGCGCAGCUGGACAGCGACCGCGCGCUGAUGGAGAAGGAGCAUGAGGUGCUGGAGCGUGAGAGGAUGGUGCUGGAGCGCGAGCGUGCCGGCCUACAGAGAGAGCUCGCCGCCCUGGACCGAGACCGGGCCGCCCUCGAGAGAGAAAGGGCGUCCGUGGAGAGAGACAGGGCACAACUGGACUGGAAGAUGGCCCAGCUUGAGAAGGAGAGAGCAAAGCUGGAGAGAGAAAAGAUAGACAUCCACAGAGACAGAACAAACGGCGGAACAAGCACACCAGAGGAAAUCAAAGAAGUGGAACUUGAUGCAGAACAGCUGGAGAGGAGGCAGAGGUUCCUCGACUUGUUUGAGAAACUCAUAGAGAAAUUCUGAUUCUCUAAAUCUAAGUCUUUUUUCUUUUUCUAAUUAUAAUAUUUAAAAACUCUAAAACCAAGCUAGGCUAAAGGUACUAUAGGGUGGAGUGAUUGUUACUCUCAAGUUCUUAGCUCAUUUAACAGUUUUGUUAAGGUGCCCUGCCACACAUAUUUCAUUACUUUGUGGUAAUGUCUGAAGU